GCAGGCGGCCUGCCCGGAAGCGGAGGGCCAGAGCGGCCGGCGGCCCCCUCCCAUGGGAGCCGCGCCAGGUCCCAGCCGGAGUCCAGCGGCUCGCUAUUGUUUUUGGCGAGCACAUAAAUCCCUGCUACGACCUUCGCGCAUCCAGGUUUCCUCGCGGAGGCCAAUCGGUUUCCUUUGAGGCCCUAUUUAGAGGCCCCGGGCCGGGGCUGCGGAGAGGUGCGCGUCCGCUCCGGCCUUCAAGACAAGCCCGGGCUCGCAGCGCUUCAUGCCUUCGGGUCUCCACACUCGGUGGCGUCCGGAAGGAGGGAGGCCCCCCCGAGUCUCCCCUCCCGCGAGAGGGGCCGCGCGAGCCGGGCUGGAGCUGCGGCGGCCGCCGCGGGAGGCGAUCCUGCAGCGAGGGACCGGCUGAGGCGCGCGGGAGAGAAGGAAGCAAGGGCUCCGCGGCGCCGCAGCCGCCGCUGCCGCGGCCGCUCGCGGGCCAGAGAUGGCGGCGGAACGGGGAGCUCGGCGACUCCUCAGCACCUCCUCCUUUUGGCUCUGUUGCCUGCUGCUGCUCGGGCGCCGAGCACCGGGCGCCAAGGCCGCCAGGAGCGGCUCCCCGCCGCAGUCCCCAGGAUCCAGCAUUCGAACAUUCACUCCAUUUUAUUUUCUGGUGGAGCCAAUGGAUACACUCUCAAUUAGAGGUUCUUCUGUUGUAUUAAAUUGUUCAGCAUAUUCUGAGCCUUCUCCAAAAAUUGAAUGGAAAAAAGAUGGAACAUUUUUAAAUUUAGUAUCAGAUGAUCGACGCCAGCUUCUCCCAGAUGGGUCUUUAUUUAUCAGCAAUGUGGUGCAUUCCAAACACAAUAAACCUGAUGAAGGUUAUUAUCAAUGUGUGGCCACUGUUGAGAGUCUUGGAACUAUUGUCAGCAGAACAGCUAAGCUCACAGUAGCAGGUCUUCCAAGAUUUUCCAGUCAACCAGAACAUUCUUCAGUUUAUGCUGGGGACAGUGCAAUUCUGAAUUGUGAAGUUAAUGCAGAUUUGGUUCCAUUUGUGAGAUGGGAACUGAAUAGGCAGCCUCUUCUUCUGGAUGGUAGAUUUCUCAAACUUCCAAGUGGGACACUGGUUAUCAGCAACACAACUGAAGGAGAUGGGGGACUUUAUCGCUGCAUAGUUGAAAGUGGUGGGCCACCAAAGUACAGUGAUGAAGCUGAAUUGAAAGUUCUUACAGGUUCCGAGGUCACAUCAAACUUGGUAUUUUUGAAACAACCUUCUUCUUUAGUCAGAAGCAUUGGUCAGAGUGCAGUAUUGCCAUGUGUUGCUUCAGGACUUCCUCUUCCAACAAUUAGAUGGAUGAAAAAUGAGGAGGCACUUGACACAGAAAGCUCUGAAAGAUUGGUAUUGCUGGCAGGUGGUAGCCUGGAGAUCAGUGAUGUCACAGAGGAUGAUGCUGGGACUUAUUUUUGUGUAGCUGAUAAUGGAAAUGAAACAGUUGAAGCUCAAGCAGAGCUUACAGUACAAGCCCAACCUGAAUUCCUGAAGCAGCCUACUAAUAUAUAUGCUCAUGAAUCUAUGGAUAUUGUAUUUGAAUGUGAAGUGACUGGGAAACCAACUCCAACUGUGAAGUGGGUCAAGAAUGGGGAUAUGGUUAUCCCAAGUGAUUACUUUAAGAUUGUAAAGGAACAUAAUCUGCAAGUUUUGGGUCUGGUGAAGUCAGACGAAGGAUUCUAUCAAUGCAUUGCUGAGAAUGAUGUUGGAAAUGCACAAGCUGGGGCCCAACUGAUAAUCCUUGAACAUGAUGUUGCCAUCCCAACAUUGCCUCCCACUUCACUGACCAGUGCCACUACUGACCAUCUAGCACCAGCUACAUCGGGACCACUGCCUUCAGCACCUCGGGAUGUCGUGGCCUCUCUGGUUUCUACUCGCUUCAUCAAAUUGACAUGGCGGACACCUGCAUCAGAUCCUCAUGGAGACAAUCUUACCUACUCUGUCUUCUAUACCAAGGAGGGGAUUACUAGGGAACGUGUUGAGAAUACCAGUUACCCAGGAGAAAUGCAGGUAACCAUUCAAAAUCUAAUGCCAGCGACUGUGUACAUCUUUAGAGUGAUGGCUCAUAAUAAGCAUGGCUCCGGAGAGAGUUCAGCUCCUCUUCGAGUAGAAACACAGCCUGAGGUUCAGCUCCCUGGCCCAGCACCUAAUAUCCGAGCAUAUGCAACUUCCCCUACUUCCAUCACUGUCACCUGGGAAACACCAUUGUCUGGCAAUGGGGAAAUUCAGAAUUACAAAUUAUACUACAUGGAAAAAGGGACUGACAAAGAACAGGAUGUUGAUGUUUCAAGUCACUCCCAUACCAUUAAUGGGUUGAAAAAAUAUACAGAGUAUAGUUUCCGAGUGGUGGCCUACAAUAAACAUGGUCCUGGAGUCUCCACACAAGAUGUUGCUUUUCAAACAUUGUCAGAUGUUCCCAGUGCUGCUCCUCAGAAUCUGUCCUUAGAAGUAAGAAAUUCAAAGAGUAUUAUGAUUCACUGGCAGCCACCUCCUCUAGCCACACAAAAUGGGCAAAUUACUGGCUACAAGAUACGCUACAGAAAGGCCUCCCGAAAGAGUGAUGUCACUGAGAUGUUGGUGCCCGGGACCCAGCUGUCUCAGCUGAUUGAAGGUCUGGAUCGGGGGACUGAAUAUAAUUUUCGAGUGGCUGCUCUAACAGUAAAUGGCACAGGCCCGGCUACUGACUGGCUGUCUGCUGAAACUUUUGAAAGUGACUUAGAUGAAACUCGUGUUCCUGAAGUACCUAGUUCACUUCAUGUCCGCCCACUGGUUACUAGCAUCGUAGUAAGUUGGACUCCUCCAGAGAACCAGAACAUUGUGGUCCGAGGUUAUGCCAUUGGUUAUGGCAUUGGCAGCCCGCACGCGCAGACCAUCAAAGUAGACUAUAAACAGCGCUAUUACACCAUCGAAAAUCUGGAUCCCAGUUCUCAUUAUGUGAUUACCUUGAAAGCAUUUAACAAUGUGGGUGAAGGCAUCCCUCUAUAUGAGAGUGCUGUGACCAGACAUCAUACAGACACUUCUGAGGUUGAUUUAUUUGUUAUUAAUGCUCCAUACACUCCAGUGCCAGAUCCCACUCCCAUGAUGCCACCAGUGGGAGUCCAGGCUUCCAUUCUGAGUCAUGAUACCAUAAGGAUUACAUGGGCGGACAAUUCACUGCCCAAACACCAGAAGAUUACAGACUCUCGCUACUACACAGUCCGAUGGAAAACCAACAUCCCAGCAAACACCAAGUAUAAGAAUGCAAAUGCAACGACUUUGAGUUACCUGGUGACUGGUUUAAAAGCAAAUACACUCUAUGAAUUCUCUGUAAUGGUGACCAAAGGUCGACGAUCAAGCACAUGGAGUAUGACAGCCCAUGGGACCACCUUUGAAUUAGUUCCUACUUCUCCACCCAAAGAUGUGACAGUUGUAAGUAAAGAGGGAAAACCUAGGACCAUAAUUGUAAAUUGGCAACCUCCCUCUGAAGCCAAUGGCAAAAUUACAGGUUACAUAAUAUAUUACAGCACGGAUGUGAAUGCAGAGAUACACGAUUGGGUUAUUGAGCCUGUUGUGGGCAACAGGUUGACUCACCAAAUACAAGAGCUAACACUUGACACACCAUACUAUUUCAAAAUCCAGGCUCGGAACUCAAAGGGUAUGGGACCCAUGUCUGAAGCUGUUCAGUUCAGAACACCUAAAGCGGACUCCUCUGAUAAAAUGCCUAAUGAUCAAGCCUCAGGGUCUGCAGGAAAAGGAAGCCGGCUGCCAGACCUAGGAUCUGACUACAAAACUCCCAUGAGCGGCAAUAACAGCCCCCAUGGAAGCCCCACCUCUCCUCUGGACAGUAAUAUGCUACUGGUCAUCAUCAUCUCUGUUGGGGUCAUCACCAUCGUGGUGGUUGUGAUCAUUGCUGUCUUUUGUACCAAGCGCACCACCUCUCACCAGAAAAAGAAACGAGCUGCUUGUAAGUCAGUGAAUGGCUCCCACAAGUAUAAAGGGAAUGCCAAAGAUGUCAAACCCCCAGACCUCUGGAUUCAUCAUGAGCGACUGGAGCUGAAACCAAUUGAUAAGUCUCCAGACCCAAACCCCAUCAUGACUGAUACUCCAAUUCCUCGUAACUCUCAAGAUAUCACACCAGUUGACAAUUCCAUGGACAACAACAUCCAUCAAAGGCGGAAUUCGUACCGAGGGCAUGAAUCAGAGGACAGCAUGUCUACACUGGCUGGAAGGCGAGGAAUGAGACCCAAAAUGAUGAUGCCCUUUGACUCUCAGCCACCCCAACCUAUGAUUAGUGCUCAUCCCAUCCAUUCCCUCGAUAACCCUCACCAUCAUUUCCACUCCAGCAGCCUCGCUUCUCCAGCUCGCAGUCAUCUCUUCCACCCAACCAGCCCAUGGCCCAUUGGCACAUCCAUGUCCCUUUCAGACAGGGCUGAUUCCACAGAAUCCAUUCGAAAUACCCCCAGCACUGACACCAUGCCAGCCUCCUCGUCUCAGACAUGCUGUACUGAUCACCAGGAUCCUGAAGGUGCUACAAGCUCCUCUUACUUGGCCAGCUCCCAAGAGGAAGAUUCAGGCCAAAGUCUUCCUACCGCCCAUGUUCGCCCUUCCCACCCAUUGAAGAGCUUUGCUGUGCCAUCCAUCCCACCCCCGGGCCCACCCACCUAUGAUCCCACACUGCCAAGCACACCAUUACUGUCCCAGCAAGCUCUGAACCAUCACAUUCACUCAAUGAAGACGGCCUCCGUUGGAACCUUAGGAAGGAGCAGGCCUCCCAUGCCCGUGGUGGUUCCCAGUGCCCCCGAAGUGCAGGAGACCACGAGGAUGCUGGAAGACUCCGAAAGUAGCUAUGAACCAGAUGAGCUAACCAAAGAGAUGGCCCACCUGGAAGGACUAAUGAAGGACCUCAACGCCAUCACGACAGCAUGACGUCCUUCACCAGGACGUGACUCCAGAACUGAGUCUAGAAGUCUUGGGACUCAGCUUGGGAACAAGGAAUUGUACAGAGGAUGAGAGACAGCACUUGAGAACACAGUGUGAACACGCAAACAAGCCUGCAUCUGCAUGGGGCUACUUCUGGUCAGCCCAGAAGAAGCCCAUGUUGAGGCAGCUUCCCUUUACCUACUGGUACACUGCAGGAUCGGGCACCAUGGGCCAAAGUUUUGUGUCUAGGGAAGAGGCAAGAAACCUAGCCUCCCUUUUACUUUGUGGUCAGGCUGUGUCUUCGUGCUAUGACUGCAUCGCCUUUACAGAGUGUAGACAUUGGCAUUUAUGUACAGUUUUAUUUGCGUCCUAUUUUACCUUCAGAAGAAAAACACUAUUAAACCAAGGAAGUCGUGGUCUUCUUCACAAGUGAUUGACAUUUGACUUGUCUGAAUUAUGUAUGGAAAGUCAUCGACAGCGUGGGUUGUUCCAGGGGUAGGCUUGUUUUUUUGUUUUUAUUUUUUAAUUAUGAGUUUGCAUCCCCUACCAGCUGUUAACCCAUCACUUUGAGGGGGGAAGAAAUGUUGCAUUGCUGUUUGUAAGCUUUUUUAUUAUUUUUUUAAUUAUAAUUAUUGAAGGUCUGACUUUCUCCUCUCA